GGUAGGCAUCCAGUCUGCACCAAGUCAAACGAGUAUCUCUCAGCUUGAGGGCAAUCAAGAAAGCCCGGGCCCAUGGCUGUGCUCCGACGAGUCUAUGGCUAAAGUUUAACUAGCUCUCAUCGGACCGACCUGCCAAACGGCCGAAACCCACCAUGGACCCCGAGCCGCUCGACAUCCCGGGCCUCCAAAAGAGAUUCCAUGGUCUCAACGCCGACCUGACCUAUGAUAAAACAGCAACACCCUAUGAUGAAACAGAAACAGCAACACACCCGCACUCGAUCUACCACAAGUAUCGCGCGUACAAGGACCCCCACGACGCAGCAACCCACUUCGCCGGUGAAUACAAGAAAGGCGCUGUGAAAGGCUCCCUGCACGAGACGGACCGUGACGGCCUCGUGGGUAUGGUCGGACAGAAAUGGUAUACCCACCAAGAGCAUAUAGCAAUGAGAGAGCUAGCCGCCAGCGCGGCCACGAACUUCCAAACCACCGCCGAACGUCGUCGUUCAUUCAACGAAACGUACGAGGAAGUUUUGAAAGCCGCCGGUAGGCUGAGGACUCCGCAUAAUCCUAACGAAACCUAUGAUGGCCAUGUGACGCAGCAAAGGCAGACAGCAUCCUCCGCAAAGAAAUAUGCCAGGUUCCGCAAGGGUCACGAAAAGUUUGUCUAGGCUACCCUGGCGGCUCUCGCAGUAUUGUCUUCGUAACAGCUGGUAGGAAUGAUGAAUUGGAUUCACGCCUGGCUUCUACCACGUAUUAUGUGGUAGGAGAAGAAAGUAGUGCCUUGUAGAUAAAGCAACAGCGCUAUGUUUUACCC